AAUUCGUAGAGUUGAAAAUAUUAUAUACAGAUGUAGAAAUCGAAUCUCUAAGAGAGAAAGAGUGAGUCUCUAUACACUCUAUACAUAUUACAUACAUAGAUUGAACAUAAGUCGGUGCGGAUCUGUUCCGCGACGGAGCUCGGGCGCCAAGGUUGGCAGCGGGUCAGCGAAGAAGCUAAAGCAAGCCUCGACUUUCGAAGAAACCAUCCCCAGAGACAGAAACUCGGAUCAACGAUCGCGAUACCGCGCGACCAUAUAUCUAUAUACAUAUGUAUAUGUAUAUGUAUACAAUAUACAACCCCGUCAUCGAUUGGUGCCAAAACGCAAAGACGCGCCCAUCCUCAAUAAUGAAUUGAAUAUCGUGCUUCAUCCGAUCGCGAUCGCCUGCCGUGUUCGACAUGGACCAUGACGUUUCGGGCGUGUCUGAAGGAAGCUCCAAGGCAAUAUCCUCGACUGACAAGCUGGAUUCCCUGCAGAAUGGGGACCAAGCACGGGUGACAGAGGCUGGUCGGGCUUCGUCAGACAGAGAGAUGGAGGUGGAGGUGGAUGUGGAUGUGGAUGUGGAAGCGAAGGACACGACAGGCUCUGGAGAUAGCAGUGCAGACGCGCAGGAUUCGGCUCCCGAGAGUCAUCUAGAGCCUCAAUCUCAAUUCCGUUCACAACUGCAAGUACAAGUACAAUCACAGCGACAACCACAACCACAACCACAACCACAGCAACAACUACAGCAACCACCACCACAACAACAACAACUCCAGCGAAGCCCAGAGGCUCAUACGGAAGCCCAGAGUACCUCUAGUCCCGAUGACCCUUUUCGGACGCGAGAACAUUUAUUAUUCCGGCAUGGCGCGUCCGGGGGUGGAGAUGGCAUGGGUGGCGGUGGUGAUGCGGGCAACGGAACGGAACAAGGGGAAUCUUCGAAUUACAUAUUGAUCAAUAAUCCGCCGAAUCUGUCGAGGAUCCGCCAGGUGAUGUUUGAAUGCAAGGAGCCGAUUGAGAUUAGUUUGGAGGAAUUCGAAACAUACUGGCCCUUUAUUGAUAAUGUGUGGGUCAAGCAAAGGUCGAAUUCGAGCAAGGAAGGGCAUUGCACCACGGAUUACUACAUGUGCCGUUUGCGACGGCCAACGCACCGCAGCUCGGAAACACGGCCUUUACCCCAGGGGAAACGUCCGCGGCAGAAGAGGGUGCGUGAGGGCGGCAUCUGCAACUUUCAGAUCAAGGUCGUGAAGUUUGAGGGCGCGUACUCCACUGUCACUAUUGCGCGGACUCCGGGGAGUAGUCGUGUCCAUUCACAUGACCUGGACUAUAUUGACAAAGUGAAGCGGAAUUCUGGGCUGAUGGAGUUUGCUAGGAGAGAGGCAAUCAAAGGAUACUUGCCCUCCUCCAUCUACACGAAGUUUCGAGAGGACCCCGAGAAACUGGUCGAAGCCGGAGGGAAGUUUUGCACCGUCACUGAUGUUCGGAACGUCUCUGCAAAGUGGAGGAUCCAGAAUCCGGAAGUGAAACUGAUGCCCCACGAUGGCUACGAGUAUCAGAAGGGACAUGGCAUUGUUAGGACUCGGGCAACGGAAGAUAACAGGACCACUCCAGUGGAUUAUUCAACAGGCCCACCAGGUGCCAAUAUAGUCCCACCCCCCCUACCCCCGGAUACGCUCUCCUUUCCCCAGUUUCCACUAGACUUCCUGGAGCCUUAUCUCCCGAAGCUAAAUGACAAGCGACAAUUCCCGCAUGUCACAUUAUCCUAUGCCUCUUCCAUGGAUUCGAAAAUCUCGCUUCUCCCCGGCAUGCAAACGGUGCUAUCGGGACCCGAGGCGAAACUGAUGACACACUACUUGAGAUCCCGACAUGAUGCGAUUCUGAUUGGAGUGGGGACGGUGCUUGCAGAUAACCCUGGGCUGAACUGCCGACUCGAGGGCGCGGGCGGCUUUGGCGGCCUGGGGAGGAUGUGGCAGCCACGGCCUGUGGUGAUUGAUCCCACGGGACGGUGGCCGGUGCAUCCAGACUGCCGGAUGCUGCGAACGGCCGUUGAGGGGAAGGGUAAAGCCCCGUGGGUUGUCGUGUCCCCAGGGGCGCAGAUCCACCCUCAGAAAUUAAUGAUGUUGAAAGGCUACGGGGGGGAUUUCCUCCGGAUUGUGGAGUAUAAUCACAAUUGGCGACUCCGAUGGGAAGCCGUUCUACGGGCCCUAGCCUCGGAGGGUAUCAAGAGUGUGAUGAUUGAAGGAGGCGGACGAGUUCUCAGUGAACUUCUGAACCCCGAAUACACCGAGUUCAUAGAUUCGAUGAUUGUGACCGUUGCACCGACGUAUCUUGGGUCUGGCGGAGUCAGCGUGAGCCCGAACUCGAAAUUGGAUGAACAAGGGAAGCCCAAUGCUGCGUUGAAUCCUCGGGAUGUGAAAUGGGUUCCAUUAGGACAGAAUGUUAUAAUGUGUGGGAAGAUAAGAACUGCUCCUGCUGCACCUCUUCCCCGAGUCGAAUCCUAGCAAUAUAGCUUCACGAUAGCAUUUCGGAUGAACAUGUUUUUUUUUUUUUUAACUUCAAUGUACAUAAUUGCAGGAGGAUUAUGUGAUAUUUUCCAACGAUAAUAAUGAUGAUAAUGAAUUGCAAUCCAAUUGGAAACAACUUUGCUAGUUAAUGAACUGGUUGCUCAGUAUCUCAAUCAACAACACAACCCCGGGUGAAACUACUCCUGAAUACUCCGUACUUCAAAGCCAGAAGGCCAAGAAGGGGUACACAGUGCUGUGUAGCCUUUUGUUCUCUCUAUCUGUGUUUUGUGUUUUGUUACUCGGGCAAGGGGGAUGGUGGUUUUCUUUGUUUACCAGUUGCACAAAGAAGAAAAGCCUCACCCUAUUUUCCUGUAGGUAGUAGUGUAUAUCAUCAGGGGAUAAACCAGUGGUCUUUUGAAGGAAACCGCAGUUCCUUAAAUUGUAUUUUAAAGGAAAGAAAAGGGGGGGGGGGGGGGGG